AUGCACUUUCCUUUCCCUCUGUGUCUGUAUAUCACUCUCUUUCUAUCUAUGACUCUCUCUGCAGCUCCAUCGACAGUGUCCAUUAUGCACCAGGUCAGUCGUACCGUGGACAGCAUCACUCUGUCCUGGUCUCAACCAGACCAGCCCAAUGGAGUCAUUCUGGACUAUGAACUGCAGUACUAUGAGAAGGUAGGUACCCACUGCACACUACCCAUUAACAAACAGUCUGCGCUAUCUCACCUCCAUGUACACAGACACACAUAAAGAUAUCAUUGAGUCUGCCAGUCCUUCACCUCAGAAGGGCCAAAUAAGGGUAUGCAUUGACUGCAAAACAAAUCUCUCAUUUUCUAUCAAAUUGAAAUUCAGAAUGUCUUUGCCUAUUGGUGUACAGUGUGUUCUCUGAGGCAGGCAGACAUAGCUUCUGAAUCACGCGUACAACUUCUGCUUGAUCCCUUUCAAUUAUAAUCACGGUCAGUCAAUGGGAAAGGGAAACGCUCUCAGCCCGCCAGAGAGAUUUGCGGUUGAAACAAUGGAGCGUUGACUGCCAUAAAAAUAGUAUUCAACAGACAGACUCCUCAAAAUCAGCAUACUUUCUCACAAUAAACACUACCACACACAAACACUUGCUCACACACACAGAUACGAGCAGACCAGACCAGAACACACACACACACAACGUUCAUUGAGGACUCCUCUGUGAUUGCGCGCCAUGCUGCUCCACUUUUUAGUCUAAUUAUUUUCUUAGACACUGCUGAGGAGAGCUGUCAAAACAAUUGUUCCGGCCCCUGCCGUGACUUAGAACUCACAACUGUAAUCAUGCUGCUGAGUGAUUGGUUUAAGGCAGCAGCCGGCACAGUUUUAGUCUCCUCUUCCAGACAGACCUGUCAGCUUUGUGGGGAGAGAGAAGCGGUGUGGCAAUGAAGGUUGCACUGAUCGUCAGAACUCACAGCUCAAACAAACUAAUUCUAGCUGACCUGAAACUGCCUCCCUUCUGCCUCCGGCUGUUGCUUUUCAUUCUCUGUUCAUUCUGAUUGAUCAAAUAGAUACAUCAGUGUUAGAAACAUUUGAGUCUGUAUCUUAGUUACUUUGCUCAUCAGCCUAUUCUUCUAAGGCACUAAAUUAAUGCAUGCGUAUGGUAAUUGUUCUGUGGGAGGCACUGAUUUAUAUUUCUCCCUCUGUCUUUCCUACUCUCUCAGGACCAGACCGAGUACAACUCAACCAUCAUAAAGAGCCAGACCAACACAGUGGUCAUCCGCGGUCUCAAACCAGGCGCGAUCUAUGUGUUCCUGGUUCGUGCCCGGACUGUGGCCGGAUUUGGCCGCUACAGCGGCAAGCUCUACUUCCAAACCAUGACUGAAGGUGAGGGUGCAGCCAACAUUCCUUCAAGUCAGAUAGAGCAUAGAGAGAUGUAGAGUUAUCACAUCCCAUGCAUGGCCCAUCAACCCAACCUGGACCAUGACAACAUAGACCCAAUGAAUGUGGGUUAAUGUAAAACAUACAUCAGGUUAAAGUGUCUAAUCUGUAUAGAAGGACACUGCUUGGCAGAUUAGCUUCUCCCCUGGCUGCUAAGCAGCCCAUCUAAUGUUAGCACAGCAACCUGGGUGUUCUCUAAACAUCUCAUUACCUGAGUGCCGAGGGCCAUCAUUAGCCUGAUCACUCCUCUGCUCUCUUCUCCUCCACGGAAAGCAGCCAGCAUGCCGCCAGACAAAAGAGAACCCAGCAUCACAGUAUAAUGCAUACAGUACCACCCUGGGACACAACCCAUGACACAGCCCUCCCCAGUCUCCGGCCCAGACAGAGCAGUCAGGACCUGAGGUGGAGAUUAUGUGCCUACUGCCAUGCUGGAUUCCCUGUGUUUGGCAGCACUCUGGAGGGAAGGGAGCUGGGUCUCUCCCAAACACACUCUCUCAGUUAUAGACGAGCGGGCGGCCAUAUCGCUGGCAUCUGAGCCCACUCAGUGGGCUUUGGAGAGAGGUCUUGUGCUGCCAGCCAAGAUGACCAUUGGUCUCCCCAACCGUCUGUCUGUCUGUCACCAACUGCUUGCUCCAUAUGCAUUCGCUCAUAUACCGGCCCAUAUGUUUCAGUGUGUGAUGGUGUGUUUGUGUGUGUUUGUCUAAUCACAGAGGAGUACAACACCAGCAUUCAGGAGAAGCUGCCUCUCAUUAUCGGCUCUGCAGCUGCAGGUCUGGUCUUCCUCAUCGCAGUGGUUGUCAUCGUCAUCGUCUGCAACCGGUGAGUCAUUCAUGCUCCAGCAGCCAACCAAUGCUGCCUGCGACCUAUCACAAACAGUCAAACAAGCCAGCCAGAUUAGACACAUUCGCUUUAGUGGUUGUUUUCCCCACUACUUCAUUAGUGUACUUUAAUGGGUGCUGUAGCUUGUUAAGGUGGGGUUUAUAGUUUAUAGGCUGGUUGUGUUUAGUGGUCAUUAGCUAGCUGUGGAGCGGGAAGGCCUGCUACAUAGACCACAGCCCCUCUCUGGACCAGCGCUAUAGCUCUUUGUCUUUCUCCCAGGAGGCGUGGCUUUGAGAGGGCAGACUCAGAGUACACAGACAAGCUGCAGCACUACACCAGCGGCCACAGUGAGUAACCCAGCCCUCGCUCUCACUCUGUGACUGUUUGCACCUCCCCCACACUCUCGCUAACACACACACACACACCUGUCUCCAUGGCUACUGGCUCACACAGCUGUCUCCAUGGCUAACGUUCAACCCUCUGCUGCCUCACACACCUGUCUCCAUGGCUACCACCUGACACUAGUGUCCUUGGCUACCUCCCAACCUUGUGCUUCUUCUCACCUCUCCAUUUGUAGUCUUGUCUCUUGUUUUCUUCAACCAUCUUAAUGCUAGGAUUUAUCCCAACAUAACUUGUGUACAAGUGUGUGUUGGCUGUAUGGUCUCAUUUCAUAGUCAACUAAUUCCAUUGUUGUGGAAAUAGCAUUUAGCCUUCUCUUAGCUAGUUAAGUCCAUUAACAUGCUAAUACCACACACACCAUUUGCAUUUGCUGAAAAAUUAUAAGGAGAUUGUGAAGGAAUGGCCUUUAUUAAUUAUUUUGUUUUCCAUGUUGUGAAGGUGGGGUUUAUAGUUGGAUCGUUCCAUGAUACAGAAAUAAAUCUUCAAGUUGGAGCUCAGGAGCCGUAAUUUAAACUAGUUUGGCUCUCUCUGGGAGCUUUGGCUUAUCGUUUUCCCCUCCGUCACUCAGCUAAACAGAAAUGGUCUGAAAUAUUUCCUCCCUGAGCUUAUUUCAGUUUUAUUUAUUUCUAUAUUUUUCUAUUUAGCUCUUCCGCUUGCCGGGCUUAUCAAUGGAGACAGCUUUCCCAUGUGUAAUCAAUAAAGAUUGCAGUAAAUGCUGUAUUUACAGAACUUGUUUCUUCCCGGGUGAAAUUCAGUGGGGAGUAAUGCCAGAGAGACUGAGGGCAUUUCACAGCUAAUAAUACAGUUCCACUCCCCUGUGUGUGUCUUCAUCCCCACACUGAUGGUCACAGUUUUCCUGGCUUUCCUCCCCUGUGUCAGGUGGUCUCUGCCAUGCUCUGGUGGGUGGUCUUUGGAUCGCUCCAUAGUUUGGGAAGAGAUAGGAGGGUUCUGACUGGGGACUUUCAGGGGGCUCGCCAUCUGUUCCUGAACACUUCUUCAGUUUAGUCUGCUAUGCAGGUUUCAUGACUCUACUCCAUGCAUAUUUCUCAGCUUCUCUGACUGUCUGUGCAUGAUCACAAUAUCCAUUCAAAAAGCCUCAGGCGAGAUGUGGAAGUAAGAGCCAGAAUAAUCGGAUUUGAAACCUGGGACACUUAAGUCACUGAACACUUAAAGGCCACCUUAAGCCAAUUUACCUGGCAUCAGAGUUUAAGAGAGCCAAUUUAUUUUCUAGAGCAGAGAGCGAUACUAGUAUAGUGACCGGCUGCCUCUCCUGGGUGUUAAUGGUCUGCUAUGACUCUCUGGAGCUGAUACAUACAUUAACCUGCCUUAUUACUGCCAACAACUCACUGGGAAUAUCAUGUCAUUGCCCAUUGAUUAUUAUAGUCCUGAGGCCCCCAGCCAAUCCUACCAUUCCUACCUUGCACUAACACUAACCUCUCUGACUCAAUCAUAUUAAUAUACUGCAUUGGCUACUCACACUCUGAAUUUUAAAUACAGACACUGUUGCAGAGUUUGUGUGUGUGUAUGUCAGACUACAAAAUUAUAUCGGCCUCUUCUUUUUCCAAGUGACUCCAGGAAUGAAGAUAUAUAUCGAUCCGUUUACAUAUGAGGACCCCAACGAGGCUGUGAGGGAGUUUGCUAAGGAGAUUGACAUCUCCUGUGUGAAGAUUGAGCAAGUCAUUGGUGCAGGUAAAGAGAAAGGCCAGUAAUUCUUUACAACUAAAUAUUUUGAAUGUUGUCUGUAUUCCAAUGAAUUAGGGACUACAUUUUGGCUCAUAAUGUUCAUGUUUGUAACCUCUGUCAGACAUCUCCUAUCAUUAACUGUCCCUCUGCCUCUAUGUUGUGUCUUGUAGGAGAGUUCGGGGAGGUGUGCAGUGGGAACCUGAGGCUCCCAGGCAAGAGGGAGAUGUUUGUGGCCAUCAAGACGCUGAAGUCGGGCUACACAGAGAAGCAGAGGCGGGACUUCCUGUCUGAGGCGUCCAUCAUGGGUCAGUUUGACCACCCCAAUGUGAUCCACCUGGAGGGUGUGGUCACCAAGAGCACCCCCGUCAUGAUCAUCACUGAGUUUAUGGAGAAUGGAUCACUGGACUCCUUCCUCAGAGUGAGUUACGCACUGUUUGUCUUUGUCCUACUGAGUCAAAUAUUAAUACUAAUGGCUAUGCAGAUAGACAGGUAGACAAAGACAUGCAGACACACACACACACACAUUGGGAAAUGACUGCUAAAUACACAUCCUAAUGCUAACCCAUCUAGGUUCAAGUGAACAUUAAUAUGCAGAACAUUAAUCAUGUGGAACUCCUCUUUACUUAGCAUAGUGUCCAUCAAUGAGCCUUAGAGCGAGUCCUUAGAGCGCGCAUUUUCUACCCAAUCAAGCUGCAGUAUUAAUGUUCUCUGAGUGUCUGUCUGGUCCAAUUAUUGAUUUAUGUUACGCUGCCACUAGCGCUGGCUGUUAUACAGUAUUUCCCCUUGAUCUCCAUGUUUGACUACAGUAAAAUGGAGUCUAAGUAGAGUAGCUCACUAGCUGCUGGUGAGUGAGGUUAGCAUUUCAGUGAAGUUAGUCAUGCUCUCAUUUUGUAUUAGCCAUACUAACCCACAGUAAGUCCUCCUGUUUGAGUCACAGAAAAGGAAAAUGACCUAUGAAUUUAUAGGGCUUUCUACUUAUGCCACAAAAUGACUCUGUUAACAUGUUAUUCAGCACCUUAACAUUUAGUCAAACAUAUUGCAUGAAUUGCAGAACUCAUAGAACUCAUAUCUCAGAAAAUACAUUCCAGAUACCUAACCUCACCUUGGGAGGGUUUCAAAUUAUUAGCGAGAGUUAAGAAGAAAACAUGUCAGCUCUCAGAGAAUUAAGUUGGCUUGUAGAUGAGAGGCUGCUGUCAGCUGUCAGCCAGUCCUGUGCCGUCUGUCUGUAGCAUGUCAGCUAAAUGGAAGCAUGUUUUUCCUGAUGUGACUGGGUGUCCAAAAGCUUUAAUCUCUUAUUGGACUCAUCGUGGGUUAGAAGUAAGGGGGAAAAAACUAGUGAUUUAUGGAAAUCUUCACAAAUAUAUAGAAUUUUUCCACCAAUUAGUUUUACUUCACUUUAAAUCAAUUGUGAGUGAAAACACCAUCAUUAUAAAAUAUGGAAAACAUAUAUAAUUAACAAGAGCCAACUAUUUCUGCUGUUUGAUAUAAAUCACUAUGUUCAUCUUUAGAUAUGUCUGAUGUUGCUACUAGUCAGUCUAUGUGGAUAACGCCCCCCUCCACCACCUCUGUUAUAGCCUUAGUUUCGUCACAUUGUUAGCCUCUGUAUGGAUCAUACUGAGUAAGGCUUUCACGACUCAGGGCAGGAGAGCACACUGACGAGUAUCAGCUCUGAGCUAUUCGAGAAUAUUAUAAACUCGAGACUUAAAACUCUUCCUCUGUGGAUCAAAAUACACAUCAAAAUCCUCCUUUUAAUCCUCCCUGUCUGCUGGUAGCCAUCCUCCUGUCAUCAGACUGCUGCUCUGUCUACUGCUGGAGGUGCAAAACAUGAACUUUAUUAGCAUUCUGCUUCAGACCUCCGAGACACGGGAUGCCAACUCACUUGAAUUUGACAGGGUUGUGUGUCUGUGUCUCUGUCUCUGUGUGUUAAGCAUAUUUGACAGCACAUUGUAUUCGAAACAACACAGCACCACUGUGGCACCUCACUAUAUGACAACGUUUGCUGACAGCGUCAGUGCUUUAGAAUGUGGCGCUCUGUGAAGGAGGGUCAGCCAGCAGGGGGUUAGUGAAGACGACCGCCUUAGAUAGGAGCUGCCAGCUGAAGGAUCAGCUCCCCUACAGCUCCUGGUGCAGCUUCCACUGCUGUGUUGCAUCUCCAAGGUAGAGCUAAAGUGAGAAAAUGAGACAAAUUGAUCAAUCACAGCUAAUAGAUGGAUGGAGACAACAACAAGCAGAGAAAGUAGCAAAAGUUGAGGGCCAUGUAAUGACCAUAACAAAUGGUAGAGGAGGGUGGGAUAAGUUGAGCCAAAGGGGUAAGUUGAGCCACCCUUGUUUCUAGGAAACCGUACACAAAAUGAAUAAUUUGACCAAAUAUUUAGGAAGAGGUCAUCAUUUCAUGGAGUCUGUGAAGGAAGAAACCACACGGAAAAAGUGGAAAGCAAGUUAGGUCCAAAAAACUGAUUUUCAAAUGAAUUUAUUGUGCUAGAGGUUUCAUAAUGCUUCUAUCUAAACCAAAGUAGACACUUUUAAGAUUGUUGUAUAAAUCAGUUGGGGUCUAUAAGAUUCAAUAUGAGGUCCUAAACCUAGCAUGAAAGUGCAUCAUUGUAGUUGUGUGGGCUAAUAUAGUCAAAAUGUUUGCCUUGGGGAAAGUUGAGCAAAUGGUUGAGCCAAUGGCAAGUUGAGCAAAUGUAAGUGCUUUCUUCCCAGGUGUAAUGCAAGGCAUUAUCGCUGGGAUAAGAGGUAACAACAUGGCCCAGCCUUUGUUAAAAGUGUUUUAAAAAGUACAACGUGUUUGUUAGGUGAUAAGCCUGUGUUAAAAGAUGAUUAAAAGACCGAUUGUGAUUGUGUUGAAUUGUGUUUUGGAAAUAAAGAUAGAUGGUUUUAAAAAGGUAGCGGUUAACUUACCCUGUUUCGCGAGGCAUCUUUCCUCAUACCUGGGGUAAGUUGUGCCAAAGGACCACUUUCUUUGGACAAGCUAUGUUUUCCAAACUGUAAUGUUUACAUUAAUUCAGAUAUUCGAUGGAUACACAACAUCCUGAAAUACAUUUUUACAUUUGAGUCAUUUAGCAGACGCUCUUAUCCAGAGCGACUUACAGUUAGUGAGUGCAUACAUUUUCAUACUGGCCCCCCGUGGGAAUCGAACCCACAACCCAGACGUUGCAAACGCCAUGCUCUACCAACUGAGCUACACGGGACUACAGUGCAUUCUAAAAGUAUUCAGACCCCUUGACCUUUUCCACAUUUUGUUACGUUACAGACUUAUUCUACAAUGGAUUAAAUAAAUAAAAAUCCUCAUCAAUAUACACACAAUACCCCAUAAUGACAAAUUGAAAACACAUUUUUAGAAAUGUUUGCAUUCGUAUUACAAAUAAAAAACAGAAAUACCUUAUUUACAUAAGUAUUCAGACCCUUUGCUAUGAGACUCCAAAUUGAGCUCAGGUGCAUCCUGUUUCCAUUGAUCAUCCUUGAGAUGUUUCUACAACUUGAUUGGAGUCCACCUGUUGUAAAUUCAAUUGCUUGAACAUGAUAUGGAAAGGCACACACCUGUCUAUAUAAGUUCCCACAAUUGACAGUGUAUGUCAGAGCAAAAACCGAGCCAUGAGGUCGAAGGAAUUGUCCAUAGAGCUCCGAGACAGGAUUGUGUCGAGGCACAGAUCUGGGGAAGGGUACCAAAACAUUUCUGCAGCAUUGAAGGUCCCCAAGAACACAGUGGCCUCCAUCAUUCUUAAAUGGAAGAAGUUUGGAACCACCAAGACUCUUCCUAGAGCUGGCUGAGCAAUCAGGGGAGAAGGGCCUUGGUCAGGGAGGUGGUUGAAAAAUAAGUUUUAAUGACUCCAACCUAAGUGUAUGUAAACUUCCGACUUCAACUGUCUGUAUGUAUGUAUGUAUGUAUGUAUGUAUGUAUGUAUGUAUGUAUGUAUGUAUGUAUGUAUGUAUGUAUGUAUGUAUGUAUGUAUAUAUAUAUAUAUAUAUACAGUUGAAGUCGGAAGUUUACAUACACUUAGGUUGGAGUCAUUAAAACUUGUUUUUCAACCACUCCACAAAUGUCUUGUUAAAAAACUAUAGUUUUGGCAAGUCGGUUAGGACAUCUACUUUGUGCAUGACACAAGUAAUUUUUCCAACAAUUGUUUACAGACAGAUUAUUUCACUUAUAAUUCACUGUAUCACAAUUCCAGUGGGUCAGAAGUUUACAUACACUAAGUUCACUGUGCCUUUAAACAGCUUGGAAAAUUCCAGAAAACGAUGUCAUGGCUUUAGAAGCUUCUUAUAGGCUAAUUCACAUAAUUUGAGUCAAUUGGAGGUGUACCUAUGGAUGUAUUUCAAGGCCUACCUUCAAACUCAGUGCCUCUUUGCUUGACAUCAUUGGAAAAUCAAAAGAAAUCAGCCAAGACCUCAGAAAAAAAAUGGUAGACCUCCACAUGUCUGGUUCAUCCUUGGGAGCAAUUUCCAAACGCCUGACGGUACCACGUUCAUCUGUACAAACAAUAGUAUGCAAGUAUAAACACCAUGGGACCACGCAGCCGUCAUACCGCUCAGGAAGGAGACGCGUUCUGUCUCCUAGAGAUUAACGUACUUUGGUGCAAAAAGUGCAAAUCAAUCCCAGAACAACAGCAAAGGACCUUGUGAAGAUGCUGGAGGAAACAGGUACAAAAGUAUCUAUAUCCACAGUAAAACGAGUCCUAUAUCGACAUAACCUGAAAGGCCACUCAGCAAGGAAGAAGCCACUGCUCCAAAACCGCCAUAAAAAAGCCAGACUACGGUUUGCAACUGCACAUGGGGACAAAGAUUCUUACUUUUUGGAGAAAUGUCCUCUGGUCUGAUGAAACAAAAAUAGAACUGUUUGGCCAUAAUGACCAUCGUUAUGUUUGGAGGAAAAAGGGGGAAGGGUUGCAAGCCGAAGAACACCAUCCCAACCGUGAAGCACGGGGGUGGCAGCAUCAUGCUGUGGGGGUGCUUUGCUGCAGGAGGGACUGGUGCACUUCACAAAAUAGAUGGCAUCAUGAGGAAGGAAAAUUAUGUGGAUAUAUUGAAGCAACAUCUCAAGACAUCAGUCAGGAAGUUAAAGCUUGGUCGCAAAUGGGUUUUCCAAAUGGACAAUGACGUCCAAAGUUGCGUCAAAAUGGCUUAAGGACAACAAAGUCAAGGUAUUGGAUUGGCCAUCACAAAGCUCUGACCUCAAUCCUAUAGAAAAUGUGUGGGCAGAACUGAAAAAGUGUGUGCGAGCAAGGAGGCCUACAAACCUGACUCAGUUACACCUGCUCUGUCAGGAGGAAAAGGCCAACAUUCACCCAACUUAUUGUGGGAAGCUUGUGGAAGGCUACCCAAAACGUUUGACCCAAGUUAAACAUUUUAAAGGCAAUGCUACCAAAUACUAAUUGAGUGUAUGUAAACUUCUGACCCACUGGGAAUGUGAUGAAAGAAAUAAAUGCUGAAAUAAAUCAUUCUCUUUAUUCAGACCUUUCACAUUCUUAAAAUAAAGUGGUGAUCCUAACUGACCUAAGACAGGGAAUUUUUACUAGGAUUAAAUAUCAGGAAUUGUGAAAAACUGAGUUUAAAUGUAUUUGGCUAAGGUGUAUGUAAACUUCCGACUUCAACUGUAUAUAUAUAUAUAUAUAUAUAUAUAUAUAUAUAUAUAUAUAUAUAUAUAUUUGCGAGAAAAAACAAACAUAUGGGGGAUUGGAAGUGAUGCAGGCAAUUACAUUGAUGGAAGUUACAAUCUAUCUGCAAUAUUAAAGCUGAUCUACCCCCUAAAAAAUAUAAUAAUGAUAUAUAUAUAUAUAUAUAUAUAUAUAUAUAUAUAUACAAAAAAAAAGACUACAAAAAAAGAUUCUCUGGUCUGAUGAAAGCAAGAUUGAACUCUUUGGCCUGAAUGCCAAGCGUCACGUGUGGAGGAAACCUGGCACCAUCCCUAUGGGGAUGUUUUUCAGCGGCAGGGACUGGGAGACUAGUCAGGAUCGAGGGAAAGGUGAAUGGAGCAAAGUACAGAGAGAUCUUUGAUGAAAACCUGCUCAAGAGCGCUCAAGACCUCAGACUGGGGCGAAGGUUCACCUUCCAACAGGACAACUACCCUAAGCACACAGCCAAGACAACACAGGAGUGGCUUUGGGACAAGUCUCUGAAUGUCCUUGAGUGGCCCAGCCAGAGCCCGUACUUGAACCAAUCGAACAUCUCUGGAGAGACCUGAAAAUAGCUGUGCAGCGACACUCCCCAUCCAACCUGACAGAGCUUGAGAGGAUCUGCAGAGAAUAAUUGGAGAAACUCCCCAAAUACAGGUGUGCCAAGCUUGUAGCGUCAUACCCAAGAAGACUUGAGGCUGUAAUUGCUGCCAAAGGUGCUUCAACAGUACAGAGUAAAGGGUCUGAAUACUUAUGUCAAUGUGAUAUUUCAGUUUUAUAUUUUUUAUACAUUUGCUAACAUUUAAAAAAAACAGUUUUUGCUUAGUAAUUAUGGGAUAUUGUGUGUAGAUUGAUGAGGGAAAAAAAACGAUUUAAUCCAUUUUAGAAUAAGGCUCCAACGUAACACAAUGUGGAAAAAGUAAAGUGGUCUGAAUACUUUCCGAAUGUGCUGUAUAUGUAGAUAUUUUUGUUAGAAAAAAGACUACAUUUCCCUUGACAGAGUGAUGCAGAAUGUAAAAAAUUGCCCAAUUUACCCCACUCUCCCCAUCCAUAUAAAAGCUUUCUUCAAUUAUGACUAGAAUUGGGAUAGAAUCAUAAAAUUGCGCAGAGCAUGUAUUACCCUAAGAACUCAAAUAUAUAAAUUAUACCUCUAUCUGCUAAUCAGAUCCAAAUGACUUGGGUUGAAGAAUCUUCCCAUUUAAAGUACAGUAUAUGCAAACACAGUGCAGGGAUGCAGAGAUCAGGAGGAGCUGUGUAGUUGGGAGACAUUUCAGCCUCAUGAAUAAUGCAUAACACUUAAUUGCUGUGGUACAUGAGGAGCUGGUGGAGAAGUUCCUGCACUGCUAAUGAGCAGAAAAGUGUUUGGAAGAGACACAGAGACACAGGCUAGAGGAUCUGGCUAACCAUAAGCCGGGAACAUGCCCAGAGGAAUACACAGCCAGGCCUAGUCCGUCUGUGGUCCAUCUGUGUCCCCACCCCACCCCAUCCCUGGGCCAUGAUACUGGGCCUGUCUGUCCAUGCUCAUGCUCUCUCAUCUCUCGUCAUGAUCCUCCUGGAUAUUCCAUAGUUGAUCUCUGGUCCUCGUGGUGGGUGGUGAAGGUGCAGGUGUGCGCAGUUGGAGGCACAGCUGCAUGCCAGAUCCAGACACUCCCCAUGUAUGUGGUAAUGCCUUGGCCAAUCCAGGAAGGAGAACAGCUGCAGCCAACCAGACCCAGUUUAGCCCAGCCUAUCCUACCAUAGCCCACAGAGGCCCCUGGGGAUGUAUCAUAUUGUGAUCUAAUGUGAUCUUUUUUUUGCAGCAAAACGACGGUCAGUUCACAGUGAUCCAGCUGGUGGGUAUGCUGCGUGGCAUCGCCUCUGGCAUGAAGUACCUGGCCGACAUGAACUACGUCCACCGCGACCUGGCCGCACGCAACAUCCUGGUCAACAGCAACUUGGUCUGCAAGGUGUCCGACUUUGGCCUGUCCCGUUUCCUGGAGGACGACACGUCAGACCCCACCUACACCAGCGCCCUGGUGCGUACCAUGACCUUACCGCAAACACCACACACAUACACGUGUGCAUGCAUCCACACCUGCACGCUCACACACAUCUGCACGCACACACACACACUCACCUCACACACCACACUCCCCAUCAUAACAGAGCCCCCUCACCUGUCCCUUUCCUCCGGUUUAUGGGUUUCCAUAUCACACACAUCCACUCUCAGGAGUUUAGUUAUAUCCAUCUCAGAGUUGGGAUUACAGAGUAUUGUUGCUGUGAAUAAUCUCUCUCUGCAGAGCCAGGACACUGUGACGAUCAGGUUUCCAUCUCACUUCCCUCUAUAAGAUUGCUCCUUCAUUGUGUUGUGUUUCUCAGGGAGGGAAGAUCCCUAUCCGAUGGACAGCCCCUGAAGCCAUCCAGUACAGGAAGUUCACAUCCGCCAGUGAUGUCUGGAGCUAUGGCAUUGUCAUGUGGGAAGUCAUGUCCUAUGGAGAGAGACCUUACUGGGACAUGACCAAUCAAGACGUAUGUAUUUAUAGUCCUUUAUAUAUUAUUUGUAUCAUUCAUCAAGCAGAACCACUCUAAGCCUGGCAUCAAAUGUUCACAUUUUAUUCAAACAGACAAUUGUUCCUGAAUGUUAUUACCUCCCCGUAGAGAUUCAUUUUGUCAUGGUGGUUCUCUUCCCCUGGCUUAACAGCAACUUUCUAACCUGGGUUUAAUAUGAAAGCCCCCCAGUUACCACAGAGAGAUAAUAAGAUGAUUUGGAAUGCAAGGCAGUGCUCCACAGACUAUUCCUGCUCUUGACUGGAGCCUCUGUUUCCAGGCUCCCUCUGGGUGGUGGAGAAGAGAGCAAAUUAUGGUGAGAGAGAUAAUGAAAAUAGUUUCAAAUUGAAAGUGUGAACACUAAUGCCCUAAGAGGGACUGAGGAGCUCGACGGUUAUCUUAUUAGCGGCUUCAGAUAGUGUUUCUACUCCAUCAGCAUCUUGGUUGGGAGGGAGGCCUCUGAAUGAGCUUAAUCUGGGCCUGAAUGGAGCUCCAUAAUGGUGGUGAUAAUGAGCAGAGGAUCGUGGGUCCUCAUCAGAAUCCUCCUCUGGGCCGGUCGUUCCCCACUCCUAGCCAGGCAUCAACUCCCUGAUCCCUCGCCCACCACCAACAUCACCACUGGCCACUCUUAGUCUCAGACUAGAACAUUUUGGCGUGACAAUGACCAUAGAGUUGGCAAAACAGAACAAAUGGAUCUGGGACCAGGCUCUCACUUAGAUAUGUGUAUGGCAGGAACAUUACUGUACAUAGUUUCUAAAGGCUCUUGAUGCCAGACUGACUGAGGAGGAGUCACUGCUGGCACAGACUGCAUGGAUGUGAGGAGCCAUUGGUAUUAGACUGCUACUUUACUGUGACACUUAACUGGUACAGUAAGUAUGCAGCCAAGACAAAACAAUGUCUAAAUGGUAAUGGUGGUCAUUUCCUACUUAGUGUUAAUGCAAUAAUGUGUGCAGGAUUAUGUAUGUGUGUGGGCAUGUGUGCUGCAGUUUUGACUUGUAUAACACUGAGAUUUGUGAGAGGAUGCUCUACAAUGGGAUUGUCGUCUCUCUCCUCCUCCUCCUCCUCCUCCUCCUCCUCCUCCUCCUCCUCCUCCUCCUCCUCGUAGAGCCUCAUAGCAACCCUUAGAGAUCUGUGUCUCCCCCUGCAGGUGAUCAAUGCCAUAGAGCAGGACUACCGGCUGCCCCCUCCCAUGGACUGCCCAAGUGCCCUGCACCAGCUCAUGCUGGACUGCUGGCAGAAGGACCGUAACAACCGGCCCAAGUUCAGCCAGAUCGUCAACAACCUGGACAAGAUGAUCCGCAACCCCAACAGUCUGAAGGCCAUGACCCCUCUGUCAUCAGGGUGAGUGGAACACUCUCCUUAGAUCUUUGUCAGUUUAUCUGUGGGGUUUUCUUUCUUUUAGUCUGUCUGUCUGUAUAUUAGUGUGUUUGAAUGCAAGUGUCCCUCUGUCUCUCCUGGCCAGUCAUGAUAAUAUCCAGGAUUUGGGCUCAAGUACUACUUUCAUAUUUCCACAGAUAGGAUGUCGUGCAUCUGACUUCAAAUAUGGGAAAACAAUUACACAUUUCAAAGGAUAUGAUUCCUUCAAUGUUUAACAUUUUGGGUUACACUUUUGACAUUCAUGGUACAAUUUAUUUCUACCAAACACUGUCUCCUGUUUCUUUUGGCGCCGAGUGGUUAUGUAAAUAAGACCUCAUUGGUUUCAUAGAUCAAGUCAUUUCCAUGAAUGCUUUAGGCAAAUUAUGAUUUGAAGCAGUUGCACAAUAAAAAAAUAAAAAAAACAUUUAAAAGUACAUUUUCCCUGGGUGUCAGUUUCCUAUGAAUGCUAAAAUAUAUUUCAUUCCAUAUAUCCUAUGCUAUAUUUUCAUUUUUGGUGCUGUGUAGAAUAGAGACAUAGAUUUUCCACUGAAACUGUGCGGAUACUCCCACUGGGCACACACUGGUUGAAUCAACGUUCUUUCCACGUCAUUUCGAUUAAAUUGAACCAACGUGGAAUAGAUGUUAAAUUGACGUCUGUUCCCAGUGGGCUGGCUCUUCUAAGCCUGUCACUCCAUUUGUAAAUACAUUUUUCUAAGAAGUCAACUCGGAAAAUGGCUUCCAGUACAUGAAGCCAAGGCUACUUAGUUUUGUCCUUAAAACUAAUCUAGUGUAGGCUCUCCAUUAUUGUGUCUGUUCCAAACGUACUGAUUGCCAUCAUAGAGGUGAGAGAGUUAUGACACUGUCUCUAGGGCUGUGUUUGACUCUUAGUGUAUGUAUCUUCCCCAGUGUCCAUCUUCCUCUCCUGGACCGCAGUGUUCCAGACUUCUCCAGCUUCAGUACUGUGGACGAGUGGCUGGAUGCCAUCAAGAUGGGCCAGUACAAAGACAAAUUUGCCAACGCUGACUUCACCAGCUUUGAUGUGGUUUCCCAGAUGACUAUGGAGUAAGUACUGAUCCCAGACCUGUGUUUCUAAUAAGGAUGAUAAGGAUGAGGUUGAAGCGAGGCAGGUGGGCUGUUCCUGGACAGUCUCAUACCUUAAAAUCUAGAUGACUGCCAGGCUCAGUGUGAUGAGGUGUGAAUGACGGAGUCAGGCGCAGGAGGUAAAACACCGAAAUCCAGAGUUUAUUCAGUGUACAUGAAUAAAGCGCAGCAAGCGUCAAAACGAAUCUAGCACAAGGGAAAAAUCAAUUUUAGCUACAUUUUUGUCAUUUAGCAAACACUCUUAUCCAGAGCGACUUACAGUUAGUGAGUGCGUACAUCAUUUUUUAAUUUUUCAUACUGGCCCCCCGUGGGAAUCGAACCCACAACCCUGGCGUUGCAAACACCAUGCUCUGCCAACUGAGCUACAUCCCUGCCGGCCAUUCCCUCCCCUACCCUGAACACACAACACUAUGUGUGGAGAAAAAAAGGCACAGCACACCAACAUCCCUGCCGGCCAUUCCCUCCCCUACCCUGGACCAAUUGUGCACCGCCCCAUGAGUCUCCCGGUCGCGGCCGGCUAAGACAGAGCCUGGAUUCAAACCAGGAUCUCUAGUGGCGCAGCUAGCACUGCGAUGCAGUGCCUUAGACCACUGCGCCACUCGGGAGAUUACAUAUAUACACAUACAUAUACAUACAAGGAAAGAGUAGCUCAACCGAGGACAAGGGGGCAGAGGGAACACUUAUACACAGACUAAUGAGGGAAUGAGUACCAUGUGUGUGUGAUUGACAAGACAAGACAAGACAAAUGGAGUGAUGAUAAAUGGAGAGGUAGUGGCUAGUAAGCCGGUGACGAUGAACGCCGAAACCUGCCCGAGCAAGGAGGAGGGGCAGCCUCGGCUGAAUUCGUAACACUCAGCCCCGGGCUCAUCAUAAAUCUGUCUCUCACUGUAUGUCAUUAGGAGAUAAUAACAGUUCAGCACAACUGCUCUGAGCUAGAACAGAGUGUACAGACUCUGGCCAUGUGGCUGCCAGGUUUCUUCUACAACAGUUAAAUGAAAUAAUAGAUAUAGGAGAAUGAACAUGCAUAGUGAUGUUUAGGAAUACAUUCCUGCCUCAGUAGACUUAAUAAAGACAUAGACAUCAUCUAUUAGCAGAUAGAGACUAUUCAAGGUCUGUUUAGUAAAUAAGGUACACAUUACUCUGCUUAUUGUCUCCUGGGCGGCAGGUAGCUUAGUGGUUAAGAGCGUUGUGCCAGUAACCGAAAGGUCGCUGGUUCUAAUCCCCUAGGUGAAAAACCUGUCGAUGUGCCCUUGAGCAAGGCACUUAACCCUAAUUGCUCCUGUAAGUCGCUCUGGAUAAGUGCGUCUGCUAAAUUGACCAAUUUAUUUAUCUAUAUCUCUUAAUAUCCUCCUAAAGUCACAUUGGAAAUCUAAGCCACGUAAGUCUGUUUGGAGAAAAAAAUAUGUCCACCCACAUCUCUAGUUACAAUACUUAAACCAAUACGACACAUCAGUCCAUCUCUGGUUACAAUACUUAAACCAAUACGACACAUCAGUCCAUAGGGUUAAGGUUAGGAAACACCGUUUUUUUGUUGUUGUUUUUUCUUGACAAAAUGUUUAAAAAAGGUAUAAUCUUCGUAAAUGAUAUCAUCGGUGGAGUUAUGUCACACAUGCAGCUAACAAAAACAUAUGAAAUGUCUGCUCUACCCAAAAUUACAACCAAAUAAUUGCAGCAUUACCGCAAAAAUGAAAGAGGAAAGUGGAAGGGGGAAAAUGUAAGGAACUUGUCUGUCGGCCUUGCAUUAAAGAACAUAAUUGGUUAAAGAAAACCGUGAUAAAUAGCAAAGUAUACCAGUUUCAUUUAAGGACCAAAGGAUUGACAGCCGUCCCAUAUAGAUUGCAAAAUAGUUGGGAAGAGAUUUCUGACUUACCGAGCCCAUGGCAUAGUGUUUAUGAACUGAUAAGCAAAACGACGCGGUAUUCAAAACCUCGAAUUUUUCAAUUUAAAUUAUUAUAUAAAAUUAUUGCUACCAAUAGGAUGUUAUUUAUAUGGGGGAUACAAUCUUCCCAGCUCUGCAGAUUUAGCUGCGAAGAGACAGCAUCAUUAGAUCAUUUGUUUUGGGACUGUCCAUUUGUAGCUUGUUUUUGGACACAGGUCCAGGAAUGGCUAAAGGAUUGCAAUAUUUACCUGGAGCUAACCCUGCAGAUAGCAUUACUGGGUGAUCUGAAAAGUCAUAGUCAAUCGAUCAAUAAUAUAAUAAUACUUUUAGCAAAAAAUGUUGUUUUCAAUUUACAAUCUGUAGAAACAAUGAGAAUAGAAAGGUUUAGAACUUUUGUAAAACAUCACAGUACAGUUGAAAAAUAUAUGGCAAAUAGAAAUCCAAUGUGGAUGGUGUUAAGAGAUAGAUGGGUGGUGUUGAAUGGAGUUGAAGGAUGGGACUAAUAACAACCAACAACAACAAGAUAACUAAUAAUGUAAGCAUACUGUGUCCAUAAUCAGUAUAUAGGUUAUAGUUUGAGAGCUUUUGUGAAAGAGCACAGUUAGAACGAUAUGGCAUAUAGAAGCAAAUCGGAUGGACAUCAAGAAAAUGAUCGGAGAGGUUGAGGGUAGAGGAAGUUCAGAAGUAAAAACAAACAAAAUAUAAUUAUUGUAAAAUUGACUGUGUCCAUAAAAUGUAUAUAGUAUAUAAGCUGGGAGUAGAGGCCUAAGCAUUGUUGUUGACUAGUUUACUCCAGUUAGGGAAGGGGUGGUGGGGUUGGAAAGUCAUAAAGGAAAUGUAUAUAUAUGUGUAUAUAUGUAUGUAUAUAUGUAUGUAUGUAUGUAUGUAUGUAUGUAUGUAUGUGUAUGUGUAUAUAUAUAUAUAUAUAUAUAUAUAUAUAUAUAUAUAUAUAUAUAUAUAUAUAUAUAUAUUUGUGAGAGAAAAAAAAAACAUAUGGGGGAUUGGAAGUGAUGCAGACAAUUACAUUGAUGGAAGUUACAGUUACAAUCUAUCUGCAAUAUUAAAGCUGAUCUAUCUCCUAGUAAAGAAAAAAAUAAAAUAAAAAAGACAUUACAUUGUUUCCUGAAUGGAAGAAGUUGUUCAACCAACAGAGCAGUCAUGUCUGGGACGGAAUUAGGAAUUUGGCAGACUGGGGCCCAGAAUUUAACCUUGAUCUAACUUGUUGAGUUUACCUGGGCUUAUGCAAUGUGACUUGUGCCAUUAAACCUGUUUUGUCUUCUGUGAUGGCUUUCUCCUGACUCCUGUGGUUGUGUCUCCUGCCACAGUGACAUCCUGAGCGUGGGUGUAACGUUAGCAGGCCACCAGAAGAAGAUCCUGAACAGUGUGCAAAUGAUGCGUGCCUCCAUGAACCAGAUCCAGUCUGUAGAAGUUUGA